AGAUGCUUGGAAAAUAAGUCUGCUCUGUGUGAAUCCCAGCACUGGCGAUACAAUUCCUUUCUUCUUUAGAGGAGGAGGUUUUGUGUGUAUUUCUGCUUCAUUGGCUGCAAUUGCUUCCUUACCAUACAGAACAUUUUUGACAUCGUUUUCCCAGCAGUUUCUUUUCCAUGCCUAUAUUGGUGGAUUCAGUUUGGCAAACAGGAAUUCUGUAAAAAGAUCAUUGGAGAAUGGUGAGAAAAAUGAACUUUCAUGGAAACAGGCACUUCUCUCUAUUGGGAGCAUCCCAGGUUUGGCCUUAAUAGGAACUCUCCCUCACUAUGUUAUAGCGCGUAAGAAAUCACUAAAUACUCCAGGGCAUUUCUUCAGCAAGUUCAUGGCAAGUGCUUUUUUUGGUGUUCUCUGUGCAUUCAAUGUGUUCAUAGUCAGAAACUUUGAACGUGAGAAUGGGAUUAAGGUCAUGCAUAGCACGGGUGAAGUUAUUGGAAUGUCUAAGGUGGCGGGGGAAAAAGCUGUAAGAGAAACAGCAUUAUCCCGAGGUAUACUCUUUGGUGUGCCAAUGAUUAUUUCUGAAACUGCUGUGUAUCUCAUAAAUCGCAGAAGAGUUUUCCCACAAAGGUCAAUGAUCUUGAGAGGGUUUCUGGUAUAUUUUUUCUGUUGGUUACUACUGCCUGUUUCACUGAGUUGGAUUCCACAGUUAAGAGAGAUAAAGAGAAACGAACUUGAGCCAGAUCUGGUUUCUUCCACUAAAGAAACGUUUUUUUAUUAUAGGGGAGUUUAAUAGUGGGAGACCUUAAUGGUUUUCUAAGAGUGCCAUUCUUGUAAUGAUGAAGCUGGCUUUUAUGCAUAAAAGAGGAACUCUGGUAGUAAGAGUAGAAAGUUGGUCUGAAGUAUUUUGAAUCAUCUGUAACAAAAACUGAAGAUAAGUGGGAGGGGGAGAAUAAUCAUGUUGUUAUUGAUACUUCUCUGUACAGAAAGGAUUUGAUUUUGCAAUCUACGUAUAUCUGAACAAUAAAAAGGCUGUUAUUCAAGAAACGGACCUCUUAGCUAUAAAUGCAAAAUCUAUUGCAUUGUGAACUGCCUUCUACAGCU